UAUUAUAUAUAUGAACACAUAAAUUUGGAGUACUUGAAUGACGUACGUAGAUCAAGCCAAAUAACUACACCCAAACAAAACAAUAUGAAGAAGCAAAAGUUCACAGCCUUUGUUAAAGAACUAAACGUACGCAUGAAGAAAGAACCGAUCACUCUCCGAUACAUUCACAUCCUUGGCACAGUUGUCUUCUUCACCUCCAUCUCAUCUCUUGUCAUCCUCCUCGCUCUUUACCUCAACCAACGACUCCAAACUUCUCUCUUCUUCCAAAACGAUCAUCUCUCAUCCAAUCCUCUCACUUCUCCUUCUCUUUCUCCUCCUCCUCCACAUGGCAGUGACAUGUCGGACGAAGAGCUAAUGCGGCGAGCAGCAAUUGCACCACGUGAAGCGGUGAUGAAUGAGACUCAUCCAAAGGUUGCCUUCAUGUUUCUGACGAGGUGGAACUUGCCGUUGUCCCCUCUUUGGGAAAUAUUCUUCAGUGGCCAUGAAGAUUUUUAUUCCAUUUAUGUUCAUACAUCGCCUGAGUUCACAGAGGAGCCACCAGAAUCUUCCGUAUUUUACAAGAAACGCAUACCAAGCAAGGCCGUUGAAUGGGGAAGAUCGUCCAUGAUGGACGCAGAGCGGCGUCUUUUAUCGCACGCGCUUCUAAAACCAUCGAACGCUCGCUUCGUCCUCCUCUCCGAGACAUGCAUCCCUCUCUUUAACUUCACCACAGUCUACACUUACCUCAUGGGCUCCACUCGCUCUUUCCUCGGCUCAUUCGACGACCCAAGGCCCAUGGGCCGAGGCCGUUACAACCCCAAAAUGCUCCCGCACGUGUCUCUCUCCGACUGGCGGAAAGGAAACCAGUGGUUCGAGCUCUCACGGAGAGUCGCCGCCGAGAUCAUCUCCGAUCACCGGUAUUACAAUGUCUUUAAGGAUCACUGCCGCCCGCCGUGUUACAUCGACGAGCAUUAUAUUCCGACAUUGGUUAACAAAAUAUGCCCGGAGAUGAAUUCGAACCGGACAGUGACGUGGGUGGAUUGGUCAAGGGGUGGGUCCCAUCCAGCGAGGUUUGUGAGGAAGGAUAUCCGGGUCGGGUUCUUGGAUAGGAUCCGGUUUGGGUCGAAUUGUAGCUACGAGGGUGAGGUGACGAACGUGUGUUUUCUAUUUGCAAGGAAGUUUCAUGUGAGCACUCUCGAGCCUCUCGUGAAGAUUGCUCCAUAUUUGUAUGGAAUUUAAAACUUUAAAUCAUUGGUAAUAAAUAAUGUAUUUAAACUAAAA